UUGAUAGAAUGCACACUUUUUUCUCUCUUGAACAAAUACAGAAUAACUUUAAUUGGCAAAUUCAUUUGCAUUGAUGUUUUCAGUUGCCACUUUUUUCUCUCUUUUUCUUUAAAAACUCCAACAGCAAAGAGAGGCCACAGACUAAGGGCGGAGGAUAGCUUUGAGGGAGUGACAGCAGCUCAUCUUUAGAGUUCUUCCUUAUCUAUCCAUCAUCUAUCAAUUAGGUAUUUCAUUUUCUAUGCACAUUUUCUGUCUUAGUUACUUUGGAUGAACUUGAGAUACUCAUCAAAAUAAUGAAAUACUCUCUCUUCUCUCUCUCUCGUCUGCUAUUCAACUCUCUCGCGCUUCAAGAUUUCAAUUUCUUCGCUAUCUUCUCGGCUGCAUUUGGUCUCCUACCUCUGAAACUCAUCAAAUUCAUCGCCAAUUCCUACUACUGCAAUCCACUCACGGAAGGCCUGAAUUAUGUCCGUGCAGUUCGUUUGUUUUUUUUUGAGUAUUUCGAAUGUUUCAUUCCAAUUUCAAUGGCCUGGAACUUAGAUAUGAAGGACAUGAUGAAAAACACUGCCGAUAGGUGCUUUGUUGGAUUCCAGUUGUGGUUCAAAUGAAGCCACAGAGAAAUCAUGUCAAGAGCAAA